ACAAGCUUAGAAAGAAAAAAAUACAUGUACAGCAAAAGAGAGUGUAGGCCCUUGAAAACUGUCCGAAGAACCGCGCAAGGAAACGGAGGGGCGGGAUGUCACUGUGCUUCCAUCCGUGACCUGUGUGCUCUUCGGAUUCUGAGGGUUUGCAGGCUCAUCGACGUGCGCUACCCACCGCCGGCUGACGAGGGCGCUGUGGCCUCCAGAAUCCCGUCGGCCGGCGCGGGGACGACAGCACCGCGAGCCGUGCCGCAUGCGCAGCAGCAGGAGCCUAGGCGCUGCGGCGUGAAGUCUUCCCGUCGGAAAUCCAGUUCUCGCCGAGGGCGCCGGCCCGGCGGCUCUGUCGCUCUUGGCGAUGCGCGGGCACGGGCGGCAUCUUGGGGCGCAGAGGAGCCAACGGCACCAUGCCCGCCACCACUGGGGCCAGAGACGCGUCUUCUCCGGACGGCCCUCCCGCAAGAGGAAAAGGGUGGAGGCCACGACCCCGAAAGGUGGAAAGACUGUAUCCCAGUUGGACAGCACCUGCCAGGGACUCGUUUCAUUGCUGUCAAAGUUCCUUUGAAAAAGGUAAGGAGUAUUCUUUCAGAAAUCCACAUGCACCGUGUAGAACACUGGUUCUCAACCCUGUCACACCCCAUUUUUCCUUUUUUGUAGCAAAUACUUUGUAA